UCGCCGCGUUUCAAAAUGGCGGAGCAGUCGGAUAAGACAGUCAAGUACUACACCCUGGAAGAGAUACAGAAGCACAACCACAGCAAGAGCACCUGGCUGAUCCUGCACCACAAGGUGUACGAUUUGACUAAAUUUUUGGAGGAGCAUUCUGGUGGGGAAGAAGUCUUACAGGAACAGGCUGGAGGUGAUGCUACUGAAAACUUUGAGGAUGUCGGGCACUCGACGGAUGCUAGAGAAUUGUCCAAAACGUACAUCAUUGGCGAGCUGCAUCCAGAUGACAGAUCAAAGAUAACCAAGCCUGCGGAAACUCUUAUUACUACUGUGGACUCUAAUUCCAGCUGGUGGACCAACUGGGUGAUUCCCGCCAUCUCAGCACUGGUCGUAGCCUUGAUGUAUCACCUCUACACAGCAGAAGACUGAGGACAUCCUCAGAGGCCAAUGACAGAAAAGACUGCUUUGGACCAGCAGGAAAGAAGCCAACGUUCAC